AUGGAUACAGAAGACAUGGGCUCAGGUAAACUAGGCCAAAUAUUGAAGCAGAUUUGGAGACAAAACCAAAUGCUGAAGCAGGCUCUCCUAGGUGAUGGCCUCUGUGAGGGGGCUGGUGGGGCCACUUGGAUAGCCACAGUGGUCUUUUUGGGUCAAGGGCUCAGUGCAGCCCUUCACCAACUGUUGGAGCACACUGCAGGGACCCUGCACUCCACAUGUCAACAGCUGUGUGUAGUGCUUGACAAGGAGAACCAGUGUACCUGGAGACAAGAAAUUAUCGCUUUCAUAGACUGCCUCACCAAAAUGAAUGAACACUUGGGGAACACUGCUAAGCUUCUAAAGAAAGAAGAAAAGGAGAUGUGUAAUUUAUGCAGCACACAUAAGGACCGUACUCCACAACAGACAAUACUCGCCAUUCAAGAUACCAAAGCAACAGACAUUGCUCCAAGAGGGGAACUAAAUGUCAUGGAAACAGCUACUGUUUCUCCCACAAAUGCAGAGGAAAGUCAUUACACGUACCAGGUCCAGUUAAAAGAAAAUAAAACACAGAUAAAUUCUGAACUAGGGGAAAAAGAAAACAAUGCAUCAUUGAGUGGAAAUGCAAGAGGGCAAGAACAGUUACAGAGCACAGUGUUCCCAGAUAAUGCAGAAGAUGAAGAUGAAGAACAAAGAGGACACGUGACUGCUGGGAGCACAAGUGGCAACAAGGAAGACAUUCAUGAUGUAAUCCAGACAGCAGAAGGAGAAAUUGGAAAGACCUCAAAAAGCCCAACAGAUGAGAUUACCACAUUCCCAACAACAUGGGACAUCUCCAAUAAGGGCGUGAAUAAUGUUCCCCAUGAGUCAGAGGUUCUAAAACAAAAGAGCAACAUAAUGGAAAAGGAGUAUCUUGAUGUGCCUAGUGAUGGUACUGACCCCCAAGUGUCUUGUUAUAUUACAGCACCAUUACAUGUCCUACAACAAUUUGAGUGCCGGAUAAUUAACUGCAUGAGUUCCUUUAUAGUGAGUGAUAAUGAAGAGUUAGUGAGCAAUGUCAUCACUGUUGAAUGCUCAGAUAAGGAAAAGAGAAUUCCAUUCCCAAUAUGCAUUGCAAUUCCAUUCAAGGCACGCUACAGGGGAAACUACAGAGACAUCAUGGUGAAGGUGUCUGAUCUAAACCUUCAAUCAAGUUACCUAACCCCAAAUUCACUGGAAGGAAUGAGAGGAAGUUAUAAGGGGACCUGCGCUGUGGUGAACGUUUACAAACUGGGUAUGUUUUCUGUAGUGUCAUGUUUAAAGAAAGAGUCUUUCACAGUGUCCAAAAAAGGGCUCACUCUGAAGUCAAAUGUGGACUCCCGGAUAUCCUUAAGUUACCCUGCUGGAGUUUUCAACUCGCCAGUGCUUGUACAAUUAAAGAUACAACCAGUUGACCCUUCUCUGGUGUCUUGUUUAAAAUCACAGCAAGAUACUUUCUACUCAGUACUAUCCACAAGUCCCCUGAUUUGUGUUCAGCACCCAUCAACUCAUCCUUUUCAGAAACCAGUCACAGUAUUCCUCCCUUGCUCUCCUCACCCUGAGAAAAAGACUCUUGAGUCUGAGAAAGAUCACACAACAGAGAGUGGCACAGCAAACAGGAUCCUUCCCACACCCUGGUAUUUCAACAGGACCCAAAGUGCUUCCAUCAGAAAACCAGGUAACAAUGCUUGUGAAUCUUGGAAACUAUUAGGAUUUAGAAGCAGAGACACUGGCUGGUUUGGACUUGAUGACGUUGUGGUAAGAACUGUCCAGAAUGGCUUGAUAUCAUUCGACUUGUGUGAACACUUAGAGAGGUUUAUUGUGCUACACCUGUCUUCCACUGUGGACAACAGCCACUUGGCUUCUUUUGUAAAGUGUCUAGAGGAAGCGUCGCUCAGCACUACUGCAUGCGUUGUGCUGUCCCACCAGAAGGACAAUCCACAUAGAAUAGUUCUUUUAGUGAUACCUUCUAAGGAGUUAAAUCUGACACUUAAAAAUUUGCGUUUGGAAGGCUUUGGAGGACUUCCAGAAUCAUCUAGAAAUUUUCAAGUAAAAGAAGGAGAACAACUCCUUUUAAGGUUUACUGGGAACAUAUUUGGUUCAAGCAAUGGGAAAGAUUAUGGGAAAGACUACAAACUUAUUUUUCACUUACAAAGAAAACCCAGGCUGGAACUCCAAAUCAAAGAGGUGGAUGAAUUUGGAAACUAUAGUUGCCCUCAUUAUAAGGGCACUGUUGUUGUUUAUAAAGUACCCAGAGAGAAGAUUGUCGCCAGCUUGGAUCAAUCGCUUACAGUUCAUGAAAAUCAUUAUCAAUUGCCAAUUUGUAAAUUACCACUGAAAUUACCAAAGCAUGAAAAAUUAAUCAACCGUCCACAGAGUACCAAAAGAAUUUCUUCAGACCCUCUAGAGGCCCUCUGGGAUAACUUGCUCUACUGGCUGGCUGAGGAGCUCUCUGAAGAAGGUGCAGAGGUCCUCAUCGAGUCCCUACCUCUGCGCCGCAGCACCGUGCAGCUCAUCAAACUCAAGCACCCAAAUGAUCUGACAGAGCAAAUCCACGAACUUCUUUGCUUCUGGAAAAGAUCGCUCCCAACUUCCACAGACAAAAUUCGCCUGCUGUCGCGGCAUCUCCGCAAGAUGGGCAGGAGUGAUCUUGCAGAGGAGCUCAAAUUCAAGUGGGAAAAGAAGGUGUUCACGGCGCCUCAGCCCUGGUUUGAUGUGACUGCUGAGUAA